UGACGUCAGGUAAACAGAGGGAGAAGAGAAGCUCGCGACUAUGGGACACCAAACGACUCCGGCUUAGCGGCUAUCCUACCUCGCAUAACUUGAAUUUUAAUGAACGUUUGUAACUUUACUUAUUGAAAUUUCUCGCGUUGGGCCGCUGUAAAGUACAGGCAACAGUUAACCACAGUUAACGGCAAGUGGACGGAAUACGAAAGCGGAAGAACUUUCAGUCAGCGUUAGCAUAGUGCAGUAUUAGUUAGCUAAAGUAGUUAGCUUGACAAGUAGCUGAUAUAACGUUGCACGGUAGCAGCUAGCCGGCUAGCUCGCUCCCUUUGCUGUCAUGCCCGGAGUUCCUCGAGAUUUCACUGCGUAAACGAGAAUACCUGGUAGUUAGCUUGCUAGCUUUCAGACGCCCAGCGGCAGUUUGUACCACCGCCGAGGCGUAGGCACCAGGCAGGGCGGACUGCACUUGGAGCAGUGACAGGGCUGAACUCACCCACAGCCGAGAUUUGUGCUUGCCUACGGCGACCUGUGCUUCAGCUGUCUGGAGAUCGCUCACUCCCACAUCCUAGACUUUGUGAUGAGAUGAAAGGGAGCUUACCAUACUGAGUUUCUGCGAAAUGGUCGUGGAGCUGUAACAUAGCCAAAGCUUUCAAGUAAGGUAUCUCAAUCCGGCUCACAAGGAGUGUCAGCCUUUCUCUUUGCCAAAAAAACGCAUCCGUCAAGACUGCAGAAAUGCUGACUGACAGCAGGAAACGACACCGUAGCUGUGACAGUGAGGAGGACCAACAGCUGAGUCCUCAAGCCAAGAGGUCAGGAGGGGGUCCCAGUCUGCUUGUGUCGGAUUUGGACUCGGAGUCUUCCAGCAGUGACAGCAGUAAUGGCAUCAGUAGUCCAGAGAGAGCAAUAGUGGCCACCACCAGGCCGUGCAUACACAGCCAGAACAACCGCAACACCCAGUACUCCCUCAGCCCAAAGCCUGAAGACUCUGCUAGCUCCUUGCAGCAUGGUUUCCAUGGCGACAGCAGCAGUGUCUCCUAUGACUACAUCAACAGAGUACUGAGGGAGGCUCACUUCAGUAGUCUGCAGACCAGAGGGCGUCCAGGCUCGACAUGACCGUGACCUCCGACCCCUCUCCUGACCUUUUGUCCCUCACCCAUCAGUGCUGACACUACUGGCACGGUGGCUCCUCCUUGAAAGCCUCAAGCAACACACCCGGGUCAGGGGGAAGGGGAUGAUGUGUGGGGAGGUUUACAAAUUUUGCCCGCAAAGGCUCAUCCCCACCUCGCCAUGUACCAUUUGUCAAGACCAUAAGCACAUCCGCCUUUCCAUGGCCCAGCCACUGUGGUUUUCUGUGCAGUACUGAUAUGUUUGUGUGUGUGUGUGUGUGUGUGUGUGCGCGUGUGUGUGUGUGCACGCACCCUGUGCACUUUAUAAAGAGAUAUCGUUCUCUUUACAUGCGUGCGUUGAUGCGUGGACAUUUUCAUUGGUGCUAAUCGUGAGAAAAGUGUGAUGACCCAAAGUGCUUGCAUAACAAAAUAAAACUAAGCACUUUACUCAGUAACUCCUCAGUCUGAUUACUCUUGACUGGGGAAGUCAGUCACACGUUUGCAUCUGUGAAGUGGGAGUCGUAGUGACCCCACUCACAAAAGAAGUUAACGGAGGCCAGUGGAUACACUUUCAAGGAGCACUAUUAAACAGUACAGAAAAAUAAGAUUUAAGGCCAUAUUUGUUUUCUCAAACCAAAGUGGUGAAGUUUGCAGUUAUUUUCACUAUCUAAAUGACUCUAUGAUGUGUUGGUGUGGCAGGUCAGUGGGUUCAAGGUAAUGGAACAGAGAUUCCUCAUGAGCCUCACCACCAAAAUCCAACCUCAGAUUAGACCCUUGCUAAUUAUAGAGCUGUGAGAACAGGCGCUGGAGUCUGCGGCUCAGGCAGCGUCAUGCUCAGCACAGCGCUUCUCACAAAAUCAGCCUCAAGACAAAGCUCUCUAAAUCAAUUUGUAACAUUGUUUUACUUCUCUAACAUUUUACACAUCACGUGUAUGUAUGUGUGUGCGUGUGUUGAAACCCUCUCAGCCAUACUUGUUUAUGUAUGGUUUAAUAUGACCAGCACUGUGUUGCAAAUAAAAUGAGAGAUGUGAGUGAUUCA